UGAACACACACACACUCUCACACACUCAGAGCGGUGGAGUUAAAGCCCGAAAACAGUCUCGGCUCUUCAUCACAGUGCUGCUGCUGUUGCCGUGUGUGUAAGUGAGUGAGUGACAGAAGACGUGUGUCAGGGAGCGUGUGAGUGUGUGUGUGUGUGCAGCUCUCUGAUCUGGAUCCUCCAACAGGGACUUUAGACAACUCCACAUCCAUCCAAGCUUCUGCUCCAAAAAACCUUCAUCCAUCACUCAGAGCUCCGGAGGACCGACAGCACGAACACAGCUCAUGGCGUUGAUGGUGAACGUGUGCUGGAUGUUGGCGCUGAGCGCCUGCUCGGUGCUGAUGGUGCGAGCGGAGUGCACCAGGGAGUGCGCACUGUGUCUGUACGGCUCGUUAGCGCCGCAGCAAGCAGACAGCAGCACCGGGCCCUGCACACUGGAGUGCGGGAGCAGCGUGGAUCUAAGAAAACUGGGUCUCUGUCGGAAUGCUCUGAGUGAAGACGAGCGUGCUACAGAAGAUCAAAAAAAAGAGCCUGACAGCACCGAGCACCUUCUGGCCAAGAAAUAUGGCGGCUUCAUGAAGCGCUACGGUGGCUUCAUGAUGAAGAAGAGCCCAGAAGAUCUCACCAAGGACGAGGCUGACGGAGUUUCUGAGGAGGAGCUGGACAUCUUGAGGGAGAUCCUGAGGGUAGGCCUGAACGCCAAUGAGCAUGGCAAGGAGCUCCAGAAGCGCUACGGAGGCUUCAUGCGCAGGGUGGGUAGGCCGCAGUGGCUCGACGACUCCAAACCUUACGGCCUUCGCAAGCGCUGGGAGGAUGAGGGAGCGGAAAGCGUGUUGCCUGAGACGCACAAGAGAUACGGAGGCUUCAUGGAUUAGGCGCCGAUGAGAAGAUUCAAAAUGGACAUUAUUCGUCGUUAACGAUCCCAAAUGUGUGCCACAGCUUGCGACUUAACAUUACCUUAUUAUUGAUGUAUUAACACGUGCCAAGUCGGUUUUUUUUUCUUUCUCUUUUUUAUUUUUUAUCUUCUUUUUUGCCUUAGCUGUAAAAAUGAGUCCUGACAAUUGAUUCUUUGAAAGACUAUUUUAAGUGAAUCAUAUUAGUGAAUCUAUUUGCAAGCAAAUCUAAAAAACAAUCUACUUUUUUUAAAAUCUAAAAAAAACGAUAUAUAGAUCUAUUUCAGUCCCAAAAAACUGUCAUUUAAAUAAACAAUAGUGAUAAAAUAAACCCAUGUUGUGGUUUGUUGAACGGUGAAACCGAAUUAAAAAGAAUCAUUUAAAAAGAAUCAAAAGAAUCAAAUCACUAAAGUGAUUCGUGAUGCCAAUGGCUUAUUUGCUAAUGCAGUCUGUUCAGUAGUUGAAGUGUGUGUUUUUAGUGGUUUAUGUGAAUGUCUACACCAUGCCUGUAUCUAUCUACACAUCUCCAGCAUUUUUGUACAGACAGAGAAACCCGUUGACAACGAAUCAUACUUUCUCCAUUACGUAGUGCAGUGGUUUGUUACACAAAAUCCCCAAAUAAGUGAAUUCUUUUAAUUUUUUUGAUGGACAUAUUUAAAGAUUUUGUCGCCGUGUUGUUGAUGACGAUGGUAUGUUGUGUAUCUGUCGUUUAUCUCAUGAUGUAUUUCAGCCAUUUCUGAUUAAUUGGCUGUGCAGAGUACAAUAAACUCAUCUGACUGCAGGAAUCAAA